AUGCAAGCAAUGGGGUUAUCAGUAGCAGUUUCAGUUCCAUUUUACCAUUCCAGAUUAUGCAUCAACGCCUCUCCUCAUCCACCCAUUCCCCUCAAUUUGAAUCAUGGCUUUUCCAAAUCACUUACAUUCAGGGACAGACUAACUCGUGGGAAGAGUAGCUAUAUCAUUCGUUCCCAAAAGAAUCGUGACGAUGAUGGUGAUGUCGAUGGAUUUUACAUGAGGAAAAGCGUUGAGCUCGCCAGAAAGGCUUUGGGGUGUACAAGCCCCAAUCCUUUAGUUGGAUGUGUUAUUGUCAAAGAUGGUCAAAUUGUUGGCCAAGGUUUUCAUCCUAAACCUGGUCAACCUCAUGCUGAGGUGUUUGCUCUGAGAGAUGCUGCUGAUUUGGACGAGAAUGCAACGGCGUAUGUCACUUUAGAACCUUGUAAUCAUUUUGGGAGGACUCCGCCUUGCACUGAAGUUCUCAUUAAAGCUAGACUUAAAAAGGUUGUUGUUGGGAUGGUGGAUCCAAAUCCUAUCGUGGCUUCCAAAGGGUUAGAUAGAUUGAGAGGUGCUGGAAUUGAAGUUGUUGUUGGUGUUGAGGAAGAAUUGUGUAAGGGCCUCAAUGAGGGUUAUAUUCAUCACAUGUUGACCCAGAAGCCUCUGCUUACUUUGAGGUAUUCUCUUUCUGUCAACGGAAAAUUGUUGGACUCACUUGGGAAUGGAGUAACUCACUCUGGUGGAUACUAUUCUAGGCUAUUACAAGAAUAUGAUGCAGUUAUAUUAUCCUCUUCUUUAUUCCGUGAAACUUUAUCGGUCGACUCCGUACCUUCAUCUCAAGAACCUGGAGCCAAUCAACCCAUUCGGUUUAUAAUGCAUAGAGAUCCUGGUUCUGGUUCUUCAAAUCAAAUUCCAUUUAUAAUCGAUAACGUUACUGAUAAAAUGAUAAUCUUUACAGAUUGUAUAACAACAGCUCCCGAGGAGACUCAACAAGGAAUUAAAACUGUAUCUGUGGAUCAAAUAAAUCUUGAUGUGAUCUUGGAUUAUUGUAAUCGUCAAGGAUUGUGCAGUGUUCUGUUAGAUAUGAGAGGGAAUUUCAGUGAAUAUCAAGAGCUUGUUAAAGAGGAUAUUAGGAAGAAGUAUAUCAAUAAAUUUUCUUGUCAAAUUCAUCUCUCUUUUUCUUCUCCCUCCCACACCACCACCCUCCAAAGCAACAACAUCGUCUUCCAGUAUUCUCUCAACGCUUAUCUAAAUUUCAUUAGAGGUGACGAUGAAGCCAUCUCCGAACUCGACCACGAAAUCCGCACCAAGAUUCUCCGUGAGAAGUCUAACGCUGACAACACCCUUGCUGCCGCUGAACAAAAGGUCUCUGAAUUGGAGGCUCAAUUGGAGGGAUUGAGGUCUGCUCCUUCUCAGAAGGAUUUACUCGACAAAGAGAAGGAAAUGCUUCAAGGCGAUGUCAUUAAGUUUCACAAGAUUAUUGACGAGUUUGGGUUGCGGAUUGAGUUGAAAGAGAGGGAUUUGAGGCCAGAGAAUAAGCUUGGAGAUGAUGAAACGUGGGAUAGGGCUGAAAGUGCUCUCAAGGAGGCUUUGGAUGAGUGUGGCAAAGGGAAUGUGUUUGUUAAGAACUUAGCGAAAUCGAUAGAUAAUGUGGGACUGCAUGAUUUAUUUCAAGAAUAUGGGAAUAUUUUGUCUAGCAAAAUUGUCAUCUCUGAAGAUGGGAAGAGCAAAGGGUUUGGUUAUAUACAGUUUGGUUCAGAGGAGUCUGCAAAUGAUGCUAUCCAGAAAAUGAAUGGCUCUACUGUGAGAGAUAAAUAUGUUGGGAAAUUUAUCAGAAAAAGUGAGCGCUCUUUGCCUGAACCUGAUGCCAAAUAUACAAACUUGUACGUUAAGAAUUUGGACCCAGAUAUUACCGAAGCACUUCUUAAAGAAAAGUUCUCAUCUUUUGGAAAAAUUCUUAGCUUGGCUAUUGUAAAGGAUGAGAAGGGGUUGUCAAAAGGUUUUGGAUUUAUGAACUAUGAAAACCCGGAUGAUGCAAGACGAGCAACAGAAGCAAUGAAUGGAUCACAAUUUGGUUCAAAGAACCUGUAUGUUGCAAGAGCACAAAAAAAGGUUGAACGUGAAAAGAUCUUGCAUCAGUGGUUUGCAGAAAGAUGCAUGGAGAAAAACUUGAAAUACAAGGGAUCAAACAUUUAUGUGAAGAACAUUGAUGAUAGUGUUAGUGACGAAGAACUAAAGAGUCAGUUUGUGCAAAUCAACAAAGAGAAUCGCAAGCAGCUUCCUUAUCAAAUUACAGGCAUGGUUAAACCAUCCAAGCUUUUAACAUGCUUCCAGUGGGGUGCCUUGAUGGUGGCAGGUCUGUGCAGAGGAAAGAUGUUAGGCAAAGCCUAUUGCAGCUCCAGCAUUCACACUGGUGUUGUUUAUCAUCACCCUAAGGGUUCUACAACAUUUUAUCAUCAUUCAUCGGGUUCUAUUGGAUUGGAAUCACCCGCUGAUGGUAGACGUUCAUCUGAGUCUAGCUACCGUAUUGGAGAUAAUGGAACUUCAGGGGGGACAAAUUAG